AACUGUCUAUAACUUGGAAUAGGCAGUUGAAACCCACUUUGGUAUCGGUAUAGUGAAAUAUGAGAAAAUCCACUACAGAGGAUUGUUGGCGUUUGCUGCUGCUUAUGGCAGUUCAAGUGAAAUACGUUCAAAGUUUUCUCCAUGUAAGCUCACAACGGGGAAUUUUUCCAAAUUUUCAUCCAGUACAGUUGGAGAAUGAUAUGUAUGCAAAUUUUGCUCGUCACCCGUGUCGACGCCAGUGUAGAGCAGGAGCCUCAAUGACCUGCUACUACAAGCUGUAUAUACACAACUAUCAGAUGUUGGGUCCCGAGUGCCAACAGUGUCUGGGUAAUCCAAAUGCCUGUGCCGAUGAGCAUUGCAUUUAUGGAGAUGGUGAACCUUUGCCUUUACAACUGGUCAAUUAUCAAUUUCCAGGACCUGCCAUAGAAGUAUGCCAGAAUGAUGUCCUAAUUGUGGAUACCUAUAACAAUUUAACUGAGGAUGCCACCUUGCAUUGGCAUGGCAUUAUCAUGAAGAAAACACCUUGGAGUGAUGGAGUUCCUUAUGUGACUCAGUAUCCCAUAAGGCCAGGAGAUGUAUAUCGUGUUUGUUUCCAAGUACCAUUGGCAGGCACACAUUGGUAUCACAGUCAUGUCUCUUUGCAAAGGGCAAUGGGGGUUUGGGGAGCCUUAAUUAUACGCCAAAGUGGACGCUUGGAUCCACAUAGUCAUCUUUUUGAUGUUGAUGAUGUGGACCAUGCCCUUUUGCUGCAUGACAUUAGCAGUUUGACUUCUCCACGCAAUAUAGUCAUUAAUGGCAAAGGCCGCAAUCAGGAUUGGCCUGUGGAUGAUGCCAGAAAUCACUACUUUCGCAUGACUGUCUCGCCCAUGCGUUUUUAUCGCAUACGCAUUAUCUUGAAUGGUGUGGCCAAUUGUCCGGUGGAGAUUUCCUUCGACCAUCAUAGAUUUCAAGUCAUAGCCACCGAUGGUAAUGACAUUGAGCCCGUUAUGGCUGAUACAUUACAGAUGACCUCGGCCGAGAGAUUCGAUGUGAUUAUAUAUGCCAAUAACGCGCCAGACACUUAUUGGAUACGAGUACGUGGCAUCUAUGAGUGUGAGAAUAUAACCCAAUAUGCUAUACUCCAUUAUAAGGGAGUACCGCUGACGCAAUUGCCAGAGGAAAGGCCGCGUAGAGCAAAACAGCAAGUUGUGAUUAAUGCUUUGGCCCAAUAUGUGGAAAAGCCCGAGAUGGUGGUCAUAACUGCCACCAAUGACAAUGUCAACAUCACCAAUAUACCCACAGUGGAACUUAAGGCCCUUGAGCCCAUGCCUUGUCCAGCCAAUGCCGUCUAUCGCAAAUUUUAUACCAGUUUUGGCUAUAUAUUGGAGAAUGGGGUGUACCAUCUGCAAGUGGGCAACAUUACAUUUAGUGCCCCUAAAACUUCUAUGCUGCAGAGUCGCCAUUUGUACAAUGAGAGUGAGGUCUACUGCAAUCACACAUCUCUGAAAGAAGCUGGUCGUGAUUGCCGCAACUCCAAUUGUCAGUGUACCCAUGUUAUACGCGUGCCAGCCAAUGAGUGCAUUGAAAUGAUUGUCACCAACUACAUGGAAGAGACACACCCAUUUCAUUUGCAUGGCUAUACGUUCCGUGUGGUGGGCCAAGGUGUGUUUGAAGAUCGAGCAGAUUUGUAUAAGGUCGAAGAAGCCGAUCGCCAAGGCCGCUUGAGACGCCAUAGUCCUCACUACAAAGCAGUACAAAAGGAUACAGUUCAAAUACCCAUUCUGGGCUACAUUAUCAUACGUUUCAAAAGCACUAAUACCGGUUUUUGGCUGCUCCAUUGUCACAUAGAGCGCCAUCUGUUGGAGGGAAUGGCUGCGGUUUUGAAAGUCGGUGAAGAUAAUGAAAUUCUAAGCGUUACAUCAGCAAAUCAAUGCGAUGUACGAGCAUUGGCUUCUAAUUCAGGCAGCUAAGAAACUUUUACAUACAAUAUUUAAAAGUUUAUGUUUGCAGAGUAAUUUAGGAUUAAGUAUAAUUAUAAUGAAUUUUUUUUUGGGUAUUUUUUCCCACAUGCCCUAAACAUCA